UGUUCUGUCUGACAGUGACAGUUGUUUAUUCUUCCUGAAUUAGUGUUUUCCUGUUAUUUGCUCUUGUUUAAAUUUUGAUCUUUUAUUCUCAGUAAACAAUAAAUACUGCUACCAUGUAUGAACCACGUGUAGGAGAUGAAGGAGUUAAAAAACCCGAUAUCACGGCUACAGACGUGGUGUACGGGCACCGAGCUUGCCAGACUCGUGAAGUGAAAUGGCUGUGUCUGGACAACAUUUACCAGAAGUUUUACCGCCCUAACUUCUACGACAUCGGCGGAACGUACAUGCAGGAUGUAGCGGACUACUGGUUCUCGUACAAGACGGAGCAAGUGGGUAACACAUUCCUCCUGCAUUUAUUUAUCUGUAACCAUGGCGUGAGCUCGUUCAGCGUCGCCUUGAGUUGCGGCAACAAGUUCAAAGUCGAUAAGAAGUCAAGCACAGUGUACCUGCAGCAAUACCUCACAGAAUUCCAGUUCAAACAGCUCAGCGAACUGUCUCAUACUUACCUCACUACGUAAAGCUUCUCAGAUUUAGACAUAGAAUGUUUGAAAAACAGGAAAUUAUUUAUAGCUGUCUCAUUCCCCUUCACUGAUGCAGAAGGGGUAAGCUUAGAAGUCAUUGACAACAUUAAACUAAACCAUGACUGCAGUGCUCUCUUUACUGACCCUAUUGGCUCAGAUUUUGUGAUAGAAUCGGCUGAUGGCGCCAAGUUUAAUAUCCACAAAGUCAUACUUGCUGCUCACAGUGAAGUUUUUAAAGCUAUGCUCAAAGGAGAAACAGCUGAGAGCCAAAACAGCUAUGUCAAACUGAUUGACGUGAGUGGAGAAGACUUACGAUAUAUGCUGGAAUAUAUCUACACUGGAACAGUAAAAGACAUAGAAAAUACUAACUUUGCUAGUUUACUUAUGCUGGCAGAUAGGUAUAACCUGAAAGGUCUGUGGGAGCUCUCAGAGUUUGCUCUAUCUGAACACCUAACUUUAGAUAAUGCAAUAGACAUACUUAUUGUGGCUGAUAUGUAUGACUCUGAUUUCCUUAAAGCUGAGGCUCUGAAGUAUAUCAAAGAGAACAAGGAGGUUCUACGCAGUAGCUCCUUUGAUGAGAUAAAUAAUCCUGAAUUGCUCAAGCAACUGUGCACUUACAUGACUGAAUAGACUUUCAAUGUGACUUAAUAUUUAGUAUUUCAUUAUAAAUGAGGAGCAAGUACUCCUGUCUGUGUCAUAUUUUCAAAUGAUUGUAAUGAUAUCUUCAAUGUACUUUAUCUUAAAGUGUGUACUGAAUAUGUAUGGUAUUAUUCUGAUUACCACCAGUUUUACAGUCUAUGCCCAGCAUUUGUCUUUUAAAGUUAUUUUUGUAUAAUUUUUACUUUUAUGUGUAAGUGAACAAGUUUUUGUAAUGUUUCAAGUGAUAUCAGUAUACUGUGAAUUAAAAAUAAUUUGUUACUUAUGUUCUAACUCGAUCACAACUUGCUACUUUGAAGUAAUGUACAAUAUAAGGCCUAGUCUUUGUCACAUAAGUAAAUGUUUGGAAUUUAUGAUUUUGUUAUAACAUAUUUUGUUCUUUGUUUUUUAGACUUAAGUGUAAUUAUUAAUUGAUAAAAUCAAAUAAAUGAUAUACCUAUAUUUAUAAAAAA